AUGCGUUGCAAUGUCUUGAAUACAUUAGAAAGUCCAUCAACUGCCGGUGUCGCUUUAGAUGUAACCGUUGUAGAUCUCUUAAGCGAUUGUGCCGCUUAUAUAAAUAGACAAAAUUCCUCUGGAAGUAAUUGCAGUGAAGAAAAAAAACAAAAUAAAUAUCGUAAUAUAGCAGAAAAACCAGAAACAAAUAAUUGUCUACAAAUUGCACCAACAUCAAUACAAUUAAUACAACCACAACUCAUAACAUUAAGUUUUCCAAACGACAGUGAAAGUAUAACACAGUCUAAGCAAACAAUUAAUGCUAUACCAGUACAAACCGUAAAGCCAUUCAUUUUACCUAAACCAGCAACUGCCACAGUAGCCAAACAUCAUAAUACUUCAACUGCAAACAGUGCUGUUACUACAAAUCAUAUCACAAUAAACUCACCAAGUAUUAACAAUGAACCAAGUAGUGCUAGCCUCACGCCAACUUCACAAUUGCCCAUUAAAGAACGCUUGAAAGCUAUACUUAAUCAAAAUAAUAGACGCAGUAUUGAAAUUCCUAUAAAAACCAAUAAUCGCCAGAGGACUAUUGCCGGCAAAGCACACUAUAAAUUUGAUGAAGAUUGUAUGGAGCGGCGACGUGCUGCUGCCACACGUUAUCGAGUUAAAAUGCGUAAUGAACAUAAAGAUUUAAGAAGGAAAAAUAUUGAAUUGCAAGCCGAAAACGAGAAGUUACGAAAUCGUGUAAGUCAGUUGGAACAAAUAUUGAGUAAACAACAAACAAUAGGUGCUCAACUAUCUACAGAUGGUACCAAUAAAUCAGCCAUUUCUCUGAUUAAAUCAGAAUUCGAGAUUCCUUCAUCAACGAUUAAACUCGUAAUGAAAAUUCCAAAGAUGGUUGUCACACCAAAUGGUCCACCUCUUUUUCAAAAUCCUAUAACGUAUAGUAUUGAAAAGAAAUAGUAGAGAUUAAACUGUGUUCUUUUAUAUUUCCUAAGAAAAUAAUUAAAUUGUUAUUCUAUGUUUUUAAUGUUAAAUAUAAUUUCACCGUUACUGUGCCAUUAAAAGGAGAGCAAAGAGCUGUUCCUGAAUUCUGAUCAGUGUAUAUAUAAAAUAAUAGUUUUAUUUA